AUGUAUCCUAAUGAAUCUGUCCUUUCAGUGGUUUUGACUUUACACUCUUUGGAAUUGCCUCAGAUGAGCAUUUAUCCUGUAUUAACAUUUGGAAUAAUGACAUACUUGAUUGUUUUACUUUGCAAUUUAACAAUUAUCGUCACUAUUUGCUUGAACAGAAAUCUUCACAAACCAAUGUACAUACUGCUGCUCAACCUGCCAAUCAAUGACACAAUGGGCUCCACAAGCCUUUUUCCUCAUCUGCUGUACAGCAUCUGGUCUCAGGACAGGUCAAUAACUUACUCGGCAUGCUUGACUCAAGGCUUUUUUAUACACUUUUAUGGUGGUGCAUCUCACGUAAUUCUUAUGGUCAUGGCAUUUGACAGGUAUAUCGCAAUCUGCUUACCACUAAGAUAUGGAGCUAUUAUGACUCCAAGCAACCUAAUGAGAAUCAUAAGUGUGAUGUGGUUCAUUCAUUUUGUUAUCAUAUUUGUGCUUUUCUGUCUUCUAAUGCCUCACAGGAUUUGUCAGACGUAUAUGGCAGAUCUUAUCUGUUAUAACCCCUCUUUAAUGAAGAUCAUGUGUGAAGACACAACAGUGAACAAUAUGUAUGGCUUGUUUAUUUUAUCUUUAUACCACAGCCUGCCGCUUUCUGUUGUGGCUUUCACAUAUAUCCAUAUAUUAGUCACUUGUGUUACUAAUAGGCAGUCUGAUGCAAAGAUGAAGGCUCUUCAGACAUGUGGGACCCACUUGGUCGUCUUUCUGUUCUUGGAGUUCAACACUCUUUUUCCUCUUAUUGCACAUCGGGCUGAAAGUAUUCCAGCUCAUCUACGCAGAGUGUUUUCUAUAUCUGUCGUUAUAUUUCCUCCCAUUGUAAAUCCACUUAUUUAUGGGUUUAAAACUAAAGAAAUUAGGCAGAAAAUUGAAAACUUUUAUAAGAGAAAGAUUAUCAGAGUGCAUUGA